AUGGCAUCGGAAGGGGAUCUGCCGCCGUCAUCAUACGACGGAAGUCAUCUACAUUGGAAGACCUUUCGUCAACAUGUCCUCGCGCCACAUCGCAUCCGGAUAUUGGACUCCCCGCCAAAAGAGAAAUUGCCGACAACCCUUCUUUCAAUGAUCGAGAAGGAAACCCCCAACGCGGGAAAGUAUGCCAUUUUGAAGGAGGCAUUCAGAGAUCAGGUGGAGCAUGGUCGAGGAUUUGGACCGUCACCUCUCUUUCCCCCCAAUCUCCUCCCUCCCAUUGACGAUGAACCUCGACUGGCUCGCUGUAUGGUCCCCUGUUUCAGUCGGGAAGCCCUUCCAGAACGGGCCAUCAACCAAAUGGGUCCUCUCUAUGAGCUCUCGGUUCCUCGAUCGGGCCUCGGCUGCGGCUUUUCUUCAUCCGUGUUCGACGUCGAAGAAGUGCGUGCUCUUCCUUCCUGGCUCGUGACCACUGGCACCAUCGUUCAUUUCGACACGGGCUACAUCUCGCCCGGGGCACCGCUCUAUUGUCCCUUUUUGGUCUUCGAAAGGGCCCAUGGCGAAAAGGAGAACCGACUCGAGGCCUCCAACAACCAAUGUGCCAUUGGCGGUGCAUGGUGUGUCCGGGCGCUCCAAAUGCUUUACGCCCGGGCCUGGAAAGGACAAAUGAUGCCUGAAUUACCCGUGGCCUUUUCUUGCACGAUCGACAAUUCGUUUGCCGUUCUCAACAUCCAUUGGAUUGACCACGGCCAGGCUUACUGCAUGUCCCCAUUGUGCAAGUUCGACCUGAGCAACGACGGUCACUUCAGUACCUUUCUCAUCUGGAUCGAAUCGAUCGGAAAAUGGGCACUAGCACAUCUCCUGCCAUUGGUCAAGACUGCCUUGGAACGGAUACGUUCCAAAGAAGACACGCCCCCGCCGACUCCCCGUGCCGGUAGACUGACGCUGGACACGGGCAGUUGUCCCAACGAGGCUCUCAUCAAGUCCCUCAAGACGACGUUUGAAAAUAUUCCCUGGCGAUUUGAAGACGACGAAUUCACCCCCGUGAGCUCUAGCACUGCUAGCUGGGGGAGCCCGAUGGUGAACGACCUGACCUUCUCGAACAUGAGCUAUCCCGCAGUCCCACCACGUCAAGCGGGCGGCACCCCUACUUCGGCCGUGGCAAGACGGCAGUACCUCACACAGCUAGGUCAGCACCCCACACCUCCGCCGGCGUACGCGCAAAAUCCUGAACUUGUGUGGCAGAAACGAUUCAACCACGCCAUGGACGAGAUCAGGGACCUGCAACGACAGAUACAAGUCCUGAGGAACGACGUCAAUGGAUCGAAUAUGUCCUUUCGGAGCGAGUUGUCUGGGAUCAAAACGACCGUGAACUCGGUGCUUCGCAAGGAAACGCUCACCCUCCGCAACCGGUCGUUGUCCAUGGGCAUCCAGGAGACAUGGUCCACGCAAAGCACUCCGCGCAGCCCUCUCGUCAAUGAAAUCCGGCCAUCGUGGAUUGUCGAGAAAAACGACCCGGCCGCCCCGUCCUCUCCUUUGAAGGAGAAAAGCCACCACCAUAUUAACAUGGCGGCGAUCCCCACCUCCCCGAAGCUGUUGUCUCCAGGCCUCCACCCGACCUCUGCACCCCCAUCACCAGGACUACCCUCCCCCGGCAUGCCAUCGCCAACAUUCUCCGUAUAUAGCGAGAACAACGUGGUCGUGGUCCCACCGCCAGCCCCGCCAAAACUGGCUUCAAUUUUCAAAUUCGCUUCCAUCAUGGUCUCCGGCCACAUGCUGGGCCUGUUCAUCCCGAAUAUCCUCUUGCGUAUCUUCGUCCUCGGCUGCGUGACAGACGUAUGCAUGCUUGCAUUCGCCAGUCCUCAUUAUCCCAGCUCAGCAGAAUAUUUCCUCUCAUUAUGGCGGUCGCGGUGA